GCAGGCGGAGGCCAGGGAAGCUGGACGCUUUGACGUAUGUGGAGGAGUUGAUCUGGUAUAGAUGACAUGCUCUUUCUGUCUGUCAUUACUGAACGGCUCACAAAACAGCUUUCAGUGCCCCUUUAGAGUCAGACAACAGGAGUUUAAUGACUCUGCUCUGGAAUGGCUGAUAAUCAGGAAGAACGUCCUCAUUUUCCAUUAGAUGAAGGCUCAAUCAUUGAAGGAGUAAGCGAUCAAGUGAUUGUUGUUGUUUUACUCAGCUUUGUUGCUGUUGGUUCACUUAUAUAUCUACUUCUAAGGAAUGAUGAGCAAAACAUACACCCAGAAAAUCAAGACCGGGUCAGAGCUGUUCGCGAACAGUUACAAAACGAGCAAGAAACUCCUGCUCCACCUCGCCCUCAGUUCUACUCUGAUAUGACAUGUCCAGUGUGUUUACAACAAGCUACAUUUCCAGUAGAAACAAACUGUGGACAUCUUUUCUGUGGCUCAUGUAUUAUUGCCUACUGGAGGUAUGGUACGUGGCUUGGAGCAAUCAACUGUCCUAUUUGUCGUCAAACGGUGACAUUAUUAUUUCCAUUGUUUGGAGCAACAGACCAGGAAGAUGCUCAAAAUAUACUUCAGGAAGCCACUGGUUACAAUCGAAGGUUUUCAGGACAACCUCGCUCUCUCAUGGACAGAAUUAUGGAUUUGCCCACCUUGCUGCGCCAUGCCUUCCGUGAAAUGUUCUCAGUUGGUGGCCUGUUUUGGAUGUUCCGGAUUAGAAUUGUCCUGUGUCUGCUUGGAGCCUUGCUCUACCUGGUUUCACCCUUGGACAUUAUUCCUGAGGCUCUUUUUGGUAUUCUUGGAUUUCUGGAUGAUUUAUUUGUAUUAUUUUUAUUACUAAUAUACAUCUCGAUUAUGUAUCGAGAAGUGGUGACACAGAGGUUGUAUAGGUAAAAUACUAUUUAGUUUUAUACUUUGGAGCCUUUAAAAUACUAUGCAGAAACAUCCUGCUUAAAGAUGCAGAGGCAUAACUGGAAUCUGAGCAACGGUUGCAAUCAUAGCACUGCAAAAUUUUGCUUCAUUUUUCUUGCAUAAAAAGUAUUGCUACGCUAUAAAUACAGUAAAAGAUUAUGUUUA